CGAUCACUUGACAUGUCCCUUCCCAGGAGGGCCAGGCCAGGCACACAACGGCACCAUGGACCAGAGGAGCAUCCUGCUGCAGAACCUGCAAAGGGCCCAAGGCAAGAAGCUCAGCCCAGGAGAGUUUGCAGAGGAGUUUUUGAAGCUGAAGAGACAGUCAACAAAGUACAAAUCGGAUAAAAUCUAUCCUACAGCAGCGUCUGAGCAGCCAGAAAACGUCAAGAAGAACAGAUACAAGGACAUCUUACCUUUUGACCACAGCAGAGUGGAGCUGUCCCUGAUUACAUCGGACACAGAUUCUCAUUACAUCAAUGCCAACUUCAUCAAGGGUGUCUAUGGGCCAAGAGCAUACAUUGCAACCCAGGGUCCUCUCCCCACUACUGUCACUGACUUCUGGAGGAUGAUUUGGGAGUAUGAAGUCCUGGUCGUGGUCAUGGCUUGUAUGGAGUUUGAAAUGGGGAAGAAGAAAUGUGAGCGGUACUGGGCGGAGGUGGGCGGCUCCCCCCUGCACUGCGGCCCCUUCUCCAUCACCUGUGAGGCUGAGGAGAAGAGGAAUGAAUAUGUGAUUAGGACUUUAAAGGUGACCCUGAAUGAGGCAACCCGCACCAUCUACCACUUCCACUACAAAAACUGGCCAGACCACCACGUCCCCUCAUCCAUCGAGCCCAUCCUGGAGCUCAUCAGGGACAUUCGCUGCUACCAGCCCGAGGACAGGGUCCCUGUCUGCAUCCACUGCAGUGCUGGCUGUGGCAGAACCGGCGUCAUCUGCGCCAUCGACUACACCCAGAAGCUGCUGCAGGAUGGGAUUGUUCCAGUGAACUUCAGUGUUUUCAGCGUGAUCCAGGAAAUGCGCACGCAGAGACCUUGCAUAGUGCAGACCAAGGAGCAGUAUGAGCUGGUUUAUGAUGCAGUGAUCGAGCUCUUCAAAAGGCAGAUCCAAGCACUCGAUGCCCAGAAGGAUUCUGCUGCUUCACAGGAAGGAGCAGGACAUCCUGUAGCCAAGCCAGUCCUGACUCCAGUGGAAGACAUUUAUGGCCUGAGUUCACUCACCUGCUCUGAGCGAGAGGAGCAGGCUCCACACCAACAUCUCCCUGUGCAGCAGGAUGGGCACCAGCAUCUCCCUCCAGAGUUACAGAGCAAAGUGUCCCUGCCCUCGCUGAGUGCCCCAGGAGCACAGCACAGCUCUGCCCAGAGAGUGCCCCCCAUCAGACAGGCCAUCUCCUUCGGGGCUCUCAACUCCAUCAGCUGCAGGAAAGCAGCUGCCAAACGCCGCAGUUGGGAGCUGGAGCUGGAGCCAAAGGGAGCAGGAGGGAGGGGGCCUGGUGGCAGAGCACCUCUGGCAUGGACUGUAUCCACCCCUCUGGGGCAGCGGGCAGAAGGCUGGGAAUGGGAUGCAGGGGAUGCCAAGCCUGUUUGGAGCCCACAGUGGCCAAAAUCUGGUCACUCGAGCUUCCAGGAUGGAUUUUCCCCUGCGGACCUGAAACCUUCCAGAGGAGCAGCAGAUGGGCCCACAGGCCACAGGAACCAGGGGCAAUGCCCUCACCCUCACCUGUGCUCAGCAGAAGACCCCUACUUCUCAUCACUCUCUCCAGACAGCCCCGUGUCCCCCGUGUUUCCCUUUCUGGAGGGGCAGCAUGAGCUCCUCCCUUCGUGCUCUGCCCCAGUGCAGCCCAGCACAGCCAGCUCCCCAUCAUCCCACCACGCUGCCCCGAGCCAGGACACGAUCUUCCCCUCGGGUGAGUGCUCCUGGGACAAGGACACACGUGGGACCAGGUCACUCUGGGCUGGGGUGUGCUGGAGGGUGUGCUCAGUGUGGUCAGCUGGUGUCCAGGCAGGGCUGUACUUUGGCACUUGCUCCACUUUUGUCCUGCCCAGGCCCCUCAGCAUCCAAUGUCACAAAGACAUGCCCAUUCCCUUGGGAAGGCAGGAGCAGCCCCCUCCCCUACACGGCUCUGUGGUCCCACUCAUGUCCUGCCACGCCACUAAGCUGUCCAUGUCUCCCCAAGCAGCCCCCCUGCCACAGCCUGAUGAUGAUGAUGCUCCUCCACCCCUGCCCCAGCGCACCCCCGAGUCCUUCAUCGUGGCCAGUGAGUCGGGACAAUUUCCUCGGGCCACUUUGGAUUUCCAGCUUCCAGACAGAAAUCCAAAUAUUGGAACCUCCUGGGAGUGGAGUGGUGAGUCUCACUCAGAGAGGUUUCAUGACCCUGUGAGACUGAGACCAUGUAAGAGUGUGAAGCUUUGGAGCCCACGAACAGAGACAACCCAGGAUCGCUCUAAUUCUCCUCCUCCGCUUCCUGAAAGAACCCCGGAGUCGUUUGUUCUUGCUGAGGCAGCAAGUCUGCAGCCUGCUGCAAGAAAUUCCUCGAGUCCUGCGGGUUCGGAGAACAAGGGCUCACAAACAUCAUCCAAAGAACUCAUGAAAUGCUUCAGGAGGAGCAAGAGCUUGAAAAUAUUGAAAAAUGUGAGAAAAAGCAUCUGCAAUCCAUCUUCACUGACAAAAUCAUCAGAACCUGCCCCGACAAACUCUUCAAGGUCUUUCCUUAACUUUGGCUUUGCAAAUCGAUUUUCAAAACCUAAAGGACCAAGAAAUCCACCCCCAGCAUGGAAUAUUUAGAUGUAUUUUAUAGACUUGGCGUUGCAGAUUUGUGAAGUCAUCCUGAAAUACUUGGAAUGCCCAUCCCAGUGAAGCUUCCACCAAAAUAAACACAUCCAAAGCUGUUACACGGUAUUGGCAGCUCAGGCACUACUUACACAUUCAUUGGAUUUAAAACUGGAGUUUUAAAGUCAAGAAUGCAAAAGUACCAGCAGCUUUCAGUUAAUUGGCAAUGGGAUGGAAGGUAAACCUUGGAAUACAAGUUUUAUCCUAAGGAGGGACAUGUUUUUGUCGUGUUUUGGAAUGUAAUCACUUCAAAAGGAUGGAUUUGAGCAGAAACUGAUGAUGGGACCCAGUGAAGACUGUGGAAUAAUCUGGAAAGCCAACAGAGCAGAGUGAGGUGGAUCAAGACCCUCUCUCACGUUUGUAGGUCUACUGUAAUUAAAGACACUGAAAUGUUUACAUUACUUGGACUAAGAGGGAAUUAGCAUCCCUAAUUUUAGAAAUAAUAUAAACUUUUUUUUUUUUUUUCCCGUCUGAGUGAAUCAGAGCAUUUCUCUGGAUUUUGGGACAAUAAGACUGAAGAGGGUGAUUGAUCCCAUAGGAACUAAACCGGUGUAACUGGACUGCACAAUUGACUGACCUAGCUGCUCUUCUAUCUGAAAAAUCCCAAAACACCACGAUAGCAAGCAAAAUAUAAUUGUAUUUUAAAAACAAUGCUAUUUUUAAGGAUUUGUGAUACUCCAGCACAGAAUUUCUAAUGGGAAGAGGGAAGGUGAGAUUUCUCACCAGAUUCCUCACCAGGUUCCACUGCUAUUUUUAUCAGUGGGGAGGAAUAAAGAUGCUGAAAAUUGCUUUAUAUUAUUCUUUUUC